GAGGGGGGACGUACACAAAAGCCCGACCGUACAGAGCGCGAUGGUAGAGUGCACGAGUGCUGCCGGCUGCCGCGGUAGUGCGCAAGAAUGAUCGUCACAGCGGUCACCGAGCCAUCAGUACAGGACAGACUCAGACCUCUCGUGUCCACGGGGGUUGCUGACAAACGCUCUGCCAUGGGCCCCACAAAAUCCCGCAGGGUCCAUCCCAGCAUCGCGAGGACCGCGUCCCUGGAUCGCAUCAGGCAGUUCCCCGCCUACUGCUUCCGAGGUGUGCUGCCUCAUGCCUUGUCCUGCCUCCAGACCUCAAGCUCGGCAAUGCAGGCCUGUCUGGCUGUUGUGAGGGGCUCUCUGCUGGCUGUGGCGGUGUACCUGGGCCUGAUCUUGCUGGCCUUCCAGUUGUCCGCCUGCUGCUGCGCCCUGCUGCUCGGGGCCAAGCCCCCCGGGCUCGUGUUCAUGUUGGCCAGCCUGUUUGCCAUGUGCGGUAUGGCCUCCAAGACCAUCGUACACGACUCGAGAAGAGAUACAGAGUGACUGCUGUUUUGUUGUUAGGGGGAUGAACUAGGGGUUCAGAUAUGUUUGGAGUUAGGUCUCGGAGAGAGGCCGCGACAAGUAUGUCUGCUACUCCAAGGUGAAGAUUCCUUCCCACACUGUCCGGUGAACUCGGGUAGAUGCCAGCGUUUCGGAAGAAUACUGUGCCUCAAUCUUCAGGGUAUAAUUUCCUCCGAAACGCUGAUCACUGUCUACCAGGAUACACAGUGUAAUAUGCAAGCAGGCAGUAAGAACCUCCGGCUUCAGUGUACAUGAUGUUGGAGCGUGUCUGCUCGCUGUCCCCACAAUGCACUGCGGGGAACAGGCGCGCGUGUAUUUCAAUGCAACUUGUUUUCCGUGGUCCUGCUAAAGCAUGUAUUUUGGUAAUAUACUACACAAAUAUAGUAAGUUGAACUGAUAAAUGUGUUAUGUCUCAAAGGUGAAA